UUUUUUUUAAAUUAACUUAUAUAAGACUUAAUUUAUGUUUUUAGAAGUGCAGUGGGAGAUUGUUGUUGACCAUGUCAAUUCAAGGUAGUUUGAAAUUCCACAACCAAAUUACCAUUAUUGCACAUAAAAUACAGUACUUAUAGAUUGACAAAAAAUUGUCAAUCUACCAUUUAAAGACAAAAGAAAUUGAGAGGCGUUUGGACAAUACAACCGCAAAAUUAGAAAAAGUAAAAAAAGAGAAAAAAAGAACAAAUGUACUAAUCUUAGAUUAUUAACCAUACUUAGAACUUUGAUGAUGAGAAAAUCCAAAAUUAGGAAGAAUUUGGAAGGCUACCCUUAUUAUAAGGAAUAUCUCCAUCUUCAAUACCUUUAGUAUAAAGAAGGUUAAUGGCGAUAUUGAAGCUUGAGCUAACAAGCCUCGAGCAGGCUAAUCCUCUUAAAUAACAAACUAAGCAUUAUAAAGAAGAAAAUUUCAUUUCAAACAAAAUAAUUUAAGGGAGGCCUUAAGAUUAAUUUAUCUUGUUAGCUCUGUAAUAUAUGUAUGUAUAACAUGGGAAAGAGUAUAACCGCCUUGUCUUUGUUACCAUGGCUACUUUCCAUGGUUGUGAUGAUCGUUCGAGCUGAGGAUCCUUACCUGUUCUUCGAUUGGAAGGUUACCUAUGGUACACGUUCUCCCCUCGGAGUUCCUCAACAGGUUGUUCUCAUCAACGGAGAAUUCCCUGGUCCUAACCUUAACACAACCACGAAUAACAAUAUUGUUGUCAAUGUGUUCAACCACCUCGACGAGCCUCUCCUAUUCCACUGGAGUGGUAUUCAACAGAGGAAGAACUCAUGGCAAGAUGGUACACCUGGAACAAUGUGCCCGAUUCUACCGGGGACAAACUACACGUACCGGUUCCAGGUGAAGGAUCAAAUUGGAAGCUACUUCUACUUCCCAACUACCGGCUUCUUAAGGGCAGCUGGAGGAUAUGGUGGGCUUAGAGUGAACAGCCGUCUGUUGAUUCCUGUCCCAUUUGCUGAUCCCGAGGAUGACUACACCGUCCUUGUAGGAGACUGGUACCAGGACAGCCACACCGCUCUUAGGAAACGCCUUGACAAUGGCAAGUCUCUUGCUAGGCCUGAUGGUGUGUUGAUGAAUGGUAGGCAAGGUAAGGUAGGUGAUGCUAAGGAGGAGCCUCUCUUUACGAUGAAGCCCGGAAAGACUUAUAGGUACCGAAUUUGCAAUGUUGGAAUGAAGAAUUCCAUCAACUUUAGGUUCCAAGGUCAUAUCAUGAAGCUUGUUGAGAUUGAAGGAUCUCACACUGCUCAAAAUGACUACGACUCCCUCGAUAUCCACCUUGGCCAGUGCUACUCUGUGCUUGUCACUGCUGAUAAAGAUCCUAAGGACUACUACAUGAUUGCAUCCACCAGGUUCACCAAGUACCACCUUCAAGCAACAGGCAUUGUACGUUACGAAGGUGGAAAGGGUGCACCUUCAACAGCCCUUCCUGAGGCACCCGUGGGCUGGGCUUGGUCCUUGAACCAGUUCCGAUCCUUGAGAUGGAACUUGACCGCUAGCGCAGCCAGACCCAACCCACAAGGGUCUUACCACUACGGCCAAAUCAACAUCACUAGAACUAUCAAGUUGGCUACCACUGCUGGCACCGUUGAUGGAAAGCUUCGCUAUGCCAUCAACGGUCACUCCCACACUGACGCCGACACCCCAUUGAAGCUCCUCGAGUACUACCAAGUCGCCAACAAGGAGUUCAAAUACGAUGUCAUCAAGGACGAGCCACCAUCCAACAUCGAUUCCUUGGAGAAGUUCACCACAGGGCCUAAUGUACUUAACGGCACCUUUAGGAACUUUGUUGAGAUCAUCUUCGAAAACCAUGAGAAGAGCAUCCAGUCCUUCCACUUGAACGGCUACUCCUUUUUCCCUGUCGCGAUUGAAGUAGGCGAAUGGACCCCGGAGAAAAGAAAGAACUACAAUCUCCUAGAUGCGGUGAGCAGGUACACAGUCCAAGUGUACCCGAAGUCAUGGGCAGCCAUCAUGCUAACAUUCGACAAUGCCGGUAUGUGGCAGCUAAGGAACGAGUCCCCGGAGAGGGCAUACUUGGGGCAGCAGAUGUACGUGAGUGUUUUGUCCCCGGAACGAUCGCUUAGGGACGAAUACAACCUCCCGGACAACUCCUUAUUAUGUGGUGUUGUCAAGAACUUGCCAAAGCCUCCACCUUACAGCAUCUAAGUUGAUAAUUAAUAAUUCGAAUCGUACACAAAAAUAGCAAUUUUUUUUUUCCUACAAUUUUUUUUUCUUAAGAAUUUGUUAUGGGGUUUAAAUUUUUUUCAUGGAAGAAUUUGUCAUUAUUAAGAUUUUAGUAGAGAAAAUUGAAAAAGGAGGUGCCAUUAUUGAAUGGCAUCAACUGAGUGAGGCAUUCUGUUGUAUCUGUAUUAGUCUUGGAGUUAUUAUAACAUUGUAUCCAAGCAAUGUUUUAUUUCAAUGCCAAAAACACAAAAAAAUUUGUUCAAUAUUUUUAUCUUCCAUGAAU